AUGGAUACAAUAAGAAACAAUUCGUGGGUUUUUCUUCUGCGUGUUAUUGUUUUUUAUUUCGUUUUCUGCACCAAACUCCAUCGUACAACUGCUGCAGAUACAAUCUCUUUUGGUGAUUCUCUAACUGGAAAUCAAAUUAUUAUAUCAAGGAAUUAUAGAUUUGUAUUGGGUUACUUCAAGCCAGGUACUACGACGUCUCAGAAUUACUAUAUAGGCAUUUGGUACAAAAAAGUCUCAGUUCAAACUGUUGUGUGGGUUGCUAACAGGGAUGCACCUAUUACUGAUCCAUCUUCUUCAAAGUUAAUACUAUUACAUGGAAACUUAGUUUUACUUGAUAAUUCAAGCAAAACACCAAUUUGGUCUACAAAUUUAGCUUCAAAUACACUAAAUACACCUCAAGUCGUUCUCGGCGAUGAUGGAAAUCUGGUUUUAAGGGAUGGGUCUAAUCGAAAUGUUGUAUACUGGCAAAGUUUUGAUUAUCCGACUGAUACUUUGUUACCUGGUGCAAAACUUUGGUUCAAUAAAGAAACUUCACAGAGUCAGAAACUUGUUUCAUGGAGGAGUCCAGAAGGUCCAGCCAAGGGAUUAUACACCCUAGUAUCAGGACCAAGUCAGUCUGUUGCUAUACUCUGGAAAAACGUUAAAGAAAUUUGGAACAGUGGGGAAUGGAAUGAAGAAUCAAAAAGUUUUCCUUCAAUUCCUGAGAUGAUGAAAUUAAAACCCUUUUUCAAUUAUAAUUUAAAUGAGAAUUAUUUUACUUAUUCAGUUAACACCAAUUCUACUCUUAUUACUAGAUUGGUUAUAGAUUUUACAGGCCAAAUCAAACAACUUACAUGGUCAGAUAGAACGGAAAAUUGGAAUUUGGUUUGGGUUCAACCCCCAGAAUUUUGUGAUGUAUAUGGCAUUUGUGGACCUUUUGGCGACUGUAACGUGAAUACUCAGAAGUGCGAGUGUCUGCGUGGUUUCGUCCCAACUUCUUCUGAAAAUUGGAGUCUCCAGGAUUCAUCUGGCGGGUGUUCAAGGAGCGUGCCUUUCCACUGCGGCAGUAACGUUACUUUUACGCAAAUAUCAACCUCACACUCAAUUUUGCCUGAUAAACCCCAGCUGUAUACUGAGUAUGAUAGCGUUGAAGAAUGCCAAUCAGCUUGCAAGGUUAAAUGUUCUUGCAAUGCUUACUCUUUCAACGUUCGAUGUCUAUUGUGGAAUGGAGAUGUAAUAAAUUUCAAUAACACUAGACCAUCUCAUGAUACACCAUCACUUUUCUACCUAAAACUUGCAGCAACGCAAAAGCCAAAGAUGUCACUUAGAGUGCUGCUUAUUAUAGUUGUUCCAACGGUUAUUACAGUGCUAUCCAUCACGACAAUUUUAUGUUUCUGCAUCAUAAAAAGAAGAAGGAAAAUUGACGAUAUCGUUGAGAUUCAAAGUUCUGAAUCGUUGGAAUUCAAAUUCAGUACGAUAAAUGCUGCUACAAGCAACUUCUCAGAUGACAAUAAGCUUGGGCGAGGCGGAUUUGGUACUGUAUACAAGGGUACACUGACAGAUGGACAAGAAAUAGCUGUGAAGAGGUUGUCUGAAAAUUCAUGCCAAGGUGAAGAGGAGUUUAAGAAUGAAGUUGCAUUACUAAUCAAACUACAACAUAAAAAUCUUGUUAGACUAUUAGGUUUUUGUUUAGAAGGAGAUGAAAAGCUACUCGUAUACGAGUUCAUGAAACACGGAAGCCUCGAUCAGUUCUUGUUCGGUCCAGUUAAACGUGCACAUUUGGAUUGGGGAAUGCGACACAUGAUUGUAGAAGGUAUUGCUAAAGGACUUCUAUAUCUUCAUGAGGACUCUCGCCUUAACAUUAUUCAUCGAGAUCCCAAAGCUAGCAACGUACUAUUAGGAGCAGAUAUGGUCCCUAAAAUUGCAGAUUUCGGAAUGGCUAGGAUUUUCAAGGUGAAUCAGAAUCAAGAUUGCACAAAACGCAUUUGUGGAACUUUUGGAUAUAUGGCUCCUGAAUAUGCAAUGUUUGGUAAAUUCUCGGUAAAAUCAGACAUCUUUAGCUUCGGUGUCUUAAUUCUAGAGAUACUAUGCGGCAGAAAGAGUAACUCAUUCGGAAAAGAUGAAGAUGCCGAGAGUAUCUUAACUUAUGCACGGAAGUUUUGGAAUGAAGGGAAACCUAUAGAAUUGCUUGAUCCCACAUUAAGAGAGAAUUAUUCAGCAAAUGAAGUGAUGAGCUACAUCCAAAUUGCAUUAUCAUGUGUUCAACAAGAUGCAGCCGAAAGACCCACAAUGGCAGAGAUUGUGGACAUUCUCAAUAACGACUACUCUGGGACUCUUGCAGCGCCUCUACAACCACCUGCAUUUUCAUUGCGUAAUAGGAGUAAAACAGAAGCCAGUGUCUCUUCUCAAGAUUCCAACAGUGUGAGCGUCAAUGAAGUGUCUAUGACCGAAUUAUACCCACGAUGAUAAGCUAACUAAAUUUGGGAGUUUUCUGAAAGGAUUUAGUUAGCUUCCGGAAUUUGAAUGAUUGUCAUACUAUGUGUAACAAUUCUUCAUUUAAUGUGCUCUAGCUGAAAACAACUUCUCGGAACUAGUCAAAA